AUGGACGCGUUUGCUGGCCUUGCCUGGGACGAACCAAAAGCUGGAAACAAGAAUACAACACUCGGUGCACAACAGACGAGACAGCUGACGCCCUCCCAAUUCUCCCAGUCAUCCAGCACAAACGAUGUUUUUGGACGCUUAGCCGCAGCUGGCCAACCGGCUGCGGUCCCAAAGCCGGCAAAUGGCAUUGGAUCUCAUAUAAAUAUCCCUUCUCGCAACGUUUCAACUCCUCAGAUGGCCAACAGCAGCGGCGGUGACCCGUUCAGCGGGUUAUUUGCACGUGGCGGGAGUCCGAACAUCAACAUGUCGAUGGCGGAUCGACGUGCACAUGCUGAACGAGAAAAGAGAGACAAGGAGAGACGCGAACGAGAAAAGGUAGAGGCCCAAGGCGCGAUGUGGGACCAAUUUGAGAACACGUUCUCCACUGGAAACUCGAAUGUGAACAGUAGAACAGCUUCUCCGUCUCCAGCUAUACUAGCUGCUCGUUCCCAUGGCGUCUCCACGCCUCCGAUCGGUCUAAAGACGAAUCCAGGCGUUGCCAAAGUGGCCGCAUCUCCGCCCUCCGGAACAGAUCUAUUCUGGUCCAUGCAUCACUCGCCACAAGCCGGUUCUUCUAGGACGGGUUCCCCAGCUAUCCUCCCACAGCGACCGGGGACCGGCUCGCGGCAGCAUUCUGGACAAAGUCUGGAUGCGCUGGCCACUGCAACUCAGACGAACGAUACCUGGUCACAGCUCGAUGCACUUGCUGCUCCGAAACCUUCCCCAGCAGUGCGCUCUCCCCCGAGUGCAUUGGAUCCAUUCGACGUAGAUCUGCUUUCCGGCACAUCUUCGUCGCAGCCUCUAGCUACACCGCCGAUAUCAAGAACGCGUAGUCCGGGAGAUUUCGACUUUAACGAACGGGAUGAUGGAGCAGUGAGCGAAGACGACAUCUUGGGUGACUUGGCAAAGCCAGUCAUCCGCAGCGACACUCCUGAUCUUUCAAGAAAAUCUAUUGGCUCACCAGCGAAAUCAAAGCCUUCGAGAGCAUCCUCUCCCCCUCCCCAUAUCAUUGGUCAGAUUGUAGAGAUGGGGUUUACCCCUGAGCAAGCACGAAACGCACUUGCUGCCACGGAUACCGGCGUAGAUGUCGAAGUCGCGCUGGAAUCCCUUCUCGCAGCUGCUGGCAGUGGUGACAUCACGUCUCCUAGUCCAUAUACAGACUCUCAUCCACCUCCGCCACGGAACAGGACCGCUCCUCGCGAGCAACCACCACCACGAGCGUCCGGAACGUCGACGCCUACAGGAAAUUCCAACUCCAACAUCCUCUCAGGACAAAUACAAGCAGACAAACUUUUGGCACAGGCAUCGGAAAUUGGAUUCAGUAUGUUUACACGUGCGAAUGCAUUCUGGAAUCAGGGAAAGGAGGUCGUGCAGAAAGCGUAUGAGGAAACAAGGAAGACGACUUUGAACGCUGGUCCACCUGCGCCGAGCGACGGAAGGCCACGAUGGAUGGCGAAUGCUCCUGUAGAGGACGAAGGGGCAGAUCCUACCACUCCGCGAAGAGCGGCUGCUCCAUCAGGAAGUGGAUUCAAAGACGACGAUGAUCUCCCAGAGGAGAUGCCUCUUCCGCGGCAGAAGGCACCUCCCAAGGCAGCAGCUCCUGCUCCCGCUGCUCAACCGAGAUCCGCUUCGCUGUUCGACGAUGGGGAGGAAACCUAUGUGUCUCCGCAUAGGAGGCGAGCCGCCCCUGCAGCAGCCUCUUCACGUGCCGAUACAGUGCAAACUUCCGCUCGAGCACCCAACUAUCCCUCUCGACAAGCUCAGCAGCCGCAGCGCCAGCAGACUCAGGAGAGGAAGCGCCCGCCACUGGUCAUUCCGGAUACAUCUCCAUCUGCAUAUGCGCAAUGUACAUCGUUCCGCACGAAAGGGACAGAGUUCUUCAAGCUAGGUCAAUAUGGGGAAGCAGAAUCUUGCUAUACGCGUGCUAUCACAUCAUUACCUGAUACCCACAUUCUCCUGACGUCGUUAUACACCAACCGGGCAGCUGCUCGGCUAAAAACGGGAGAUUCUGGUGGUGCAGCAGCGGAUUGCUUAUCCGCGUUGAAGCUCCUUGGAGUUUCCGAAGAUUUGAGCGGACUCAUGGACGUUGACGAUCGACCAUCACUGCAAUUUGAUGGUGUUCCGGGGAAGCUGGAUCUGAGAGAGCAAGCUGUCAAGGCGUUGCAACGCCGUGCUGCUGGAUUGGAAGCGAUGGAGCGAUGGGAUCGGGCUCGGGCCGUUUGGGAGCGCCUUGCUGGUCUGAGUUGGACUCAAGCCCAGGGACGCGUCAAAGAUGAGGCGACCCGAAGUGCUGGAAGAUGUAGGACCAUGGUCAGCGGUGCGACGGCUGCUCCAUCCACCUCUGGGCCUAGCUCAUCGCAGACACCUGUCAAACCUCGACCGCGUCCGGCACCUCGACCUGCCGUCACCAGCGCCGUAUCGUCCAAACCCUCUGAAGCCUCUCAGCGACUCCGUGCGCUCGACGCAGCGCAAGAGGCCGAGGAGAAUGUCAAGAUUCAGCUCAAGGACUCAGUCGAUGCGCGGAUUCAGGCGUGGAAGGGUGGCAAAGAGGCCAAUGUUCGUGCGCUCAUCGCGAGUUUGGAGACGGUGUUGUGGCCCGAAUUGAAUUGGCAAAAAGUGGGCAUGCACGAGCUCGUCACGCCGUCGCAGGUCAAGAUUCGGUAUACAAAGGCCAUUGCAAAGGUUCAUCCCGAUAAGCUCAAGACAGGAAACACUACCACUGAGCAGCGGAUGAUUGCCAAUGGCGUCUUUGCCGGUUUGAACGAGGCCUGGGGUUCUUUCAAACAAUAG